AUGUUCAACUUUGCAAGCCUUUUUGGUUCGAGCAUGAAAGCAAAUUGCAAUAAUCCUUCUCAACCGCUCUUGUUUGAAACCUAUGAUCAAUUUUUGUAUACAAGAGUAUUUCCUAGUAGUGGAGGAGUUACUUUGGAAGGUUCCGACACUUCUUCUUCAUCAUCAUCAUCAUCAACCAACAAUAAUAAUUUUGGUGGUGCUAACAUUGCUCAUGAUCAGAUUGCUUCAGCUCUCAAAGUAGUUAAAACUUGUAAUGUUUAUGAAAAGCACGAGUUGGAUUCUGCGUCUAGUACACUUCCCGAAACGCAACGUAAUUUGCUCAUGUUAAAAGCGUAUUACACAAAUCCUUCAAAGGAGGAUACAAAGUUUUUACACAAUACACUACGAGAAAGUUUGAUGGAUUUUGCUGGAAGUCCAGGUCAUGAUACAGCUUUCAGUUCUUCAUCGUACAAGACCAAACAAGAUUUCAAUGCUUCCAAGAAGGCACACGAAAUUUAUCAUUCGGACUCGGCUGAUCUUUCAUCAAGUGCUGAAGAUCCGCUUGCAUUGGACACUAAAGCUCUAGAAUCCAUACUAAAAGCUGCCGAUCAGUGUCUAAAGAUGUCUCCGAAUUGCAUUGAAGCAUAUAACGCGUUAGCCAUGUACAAGGCAAAGUCUUUCGAGGAAGCUCUUGCUUUUUAUCGCCAAGGUCAAUCCAAAUUUUCAGAAUACUAUAGCAAAGAAUUCAUCUCAUCAAUGAAAAAAAGCAAUUGGACAUAUCAUGACUUGCGACAAUACAUGCGUGCCAUCAUUGGAGAGGCAAACACAUUGAGAAAAAUGGGACGAUAUGAAGAAGCUCUUGCUGCCUAUUACAGAGCGGAGAAGAUUGAUCCAGAGGUUCAUUCCAUGAUGGUAUCUUAUAUUAACUUUCAAAUGCACAUUCCUGAGUGCUUAAUGAGACUUGGAAAGUGGAGAGAGGCCUAUCAAUUUAUGAAGAAAAAGAAGGAUCUAUUGGAAUUGAGUUCGUCAAAGGUGUUGUUGUGGAGUUUUGCCUUGUGCGAUUUUGUUGUUAAUCAGAGGACUCCAAACCACUUUGCAGGAGAGGACAUGAUUAAAUAUUCCGAGAGUCAUGACAGAAAUGAUCUUGCACACAUGUACGGACCCCUAUGGGCUGCUACAAACAAUGCACCGUUGGUCUACGAGUACUUGCUCGGAAUUCGAAAACUUUCAAAGGUUCGAAUUUCAAAAACGUUAAGCUUUACUUCUGACAGUCCUUCCAUUGUUUCUCAAGUGCAAUAUGUGACAGAUCAUUUGGACCUCUGGUUAAGCGUACCAAAGGCAAUAGAAUGGGCCAUCAAAAAUUGUAACACUGCCUAUGCAUCGUUGUCUCUAUCGAACAAGGAGGAAAGCCUUAAUCGACGUUACUUCCAAAAAUCUCAGCCAUAUGAUAACUUCUUCCGUUGUUAUUCAAAACUAUUGUUUGCUGAUGUCAGAGUUGAUAUUUGUUCCACCUUGCUUCAUCAAGCUGUUUUUGCUGAUAGUGUGGAAGCUGUGAAACUUUUAGUAGAUUUAGGAGCUAGUAUUUUUUCAAAAAUGGAACCACAUGCUUUCCACGUUGCAUGCUACUAUGACAAAUCAAGAGAAAUCGUCAAGUUCUUUUGUGAAAAAACAGGAAACCCACUAAGAAAAGGACAAGUUCCUCAAUCACCUUUACAAAUGGCGGCGAAUCAAGGAAAUUGGAAGCCCCUUGCUGAAAUACUUAGCUACUUGCUAAAGAAAAAGAAGUUGACACAAUCCGUCCUUGUCGACUGCCUCGAAGAGGUCUUUGGGUCAAGCUGCUACGAAUGUGUCAAAGGACUUUCUAAGUGUCAACGGUGCUUGUAUCACCAAGACAAGCCUCAUUCGAAAGAUGUGUCAUUUGAGAAAUGUACCGAGUUACUUUUAUUGUUUGGUUUGGAAGUGAAAAAAUCAUUCUUACAACAGCUUGCCAAAGACUAUCCACCAAAGAAGGAUUUGAUCAAACUCAUUUCAGAUCGAAUGGACAAAUCGGUUUCAAUCCUACCUCGUGCCUUCAAUAUCACAGAUCCAGAAGUAUUGAAAUUACUUUCGAAAGACCAAACGCCACCAGAACAACCAAGUACACCAAAAGAUGAAAAUGCUUCGAAGGAAAAUGAGAACAAACCAUCCAAGCAGUCAGAAAAGAAACCCCAAGAACAACCGUCCGAAAAGCAGAAACCUCAAGAACAAAAAUCAACCAAACAAGAUAAGACUCCAGGACAGUCAGCAGAAUCUUUGAAAAAUCUUGGAAACGAAGAAUUUAAGAAGGGUAACAAUAUCAAAGCCAUCGAGUACUAUUCAAAAGCAUUGAAACAGUCAGACAGCACUGAAAUCAAACACAUUCUUCACUCCAACAUGUCUGCAUGUUAUUUCAAUAUGAAAGCCUAUGAAAAGUCGGUCAACAGCGCCAAUGAAGCCAUUUCAUGCAACAAAACUUUCAUUAAGGGAUACUUGAGAAAGGCCACGGCUUUGGAGGCAUUGAAAAAUUACAACGAAGCUUUAAUCGUUGUUAAAGAAGCAAUCAAACUCGAUCCUGAUAAUGAAGCUCUUGUAAGCAUGUUUAAGAAAUUGAAACAAAAGGCAGCAGAAGCUGAAACUCAUGAAGAUGAAGAGGAAGAAGAAGAGGACGAAUAUGACGAAGACUAUGAGGAUGAAGAGGGUGACGAAGAUGAAGACUAUGAGGAUGAAGAGGAUGAAUAUGACGAAGAUGAAGAGGAUGAAGAAGGAGACGGUGAUUUACCUUCCAACUUUGAACAGUUUGUCAAUAUGCUAAGUUUCAUGAACGGUGGCAAGUUACCUGAAGGUGAGCUCAAGGAACUGAUGAAACAAAUGAAGAGAAGUCAAAAACAAGAGGAGACUGAAUCUUCUUCCCAAAGGGGUAUGGCUUUGGUGGAUGGCAUGUUAGAAAAUCUCGGUCCAAUGCUCGAACAAAGAUUUGAACCUCACAAAAAAGAAGUGUAUAGUUGGCUUUCUCAAUUAUCGAACCAGCAAAAGCUUUCAAUCUUUGAUGAGACUUGGAAUUCCUCCCUUACUCAACAUGCAUCAGUUGUGAAGAAUCUUUCAAAUAUCAAAGAUACAUUCAAGAACGUGGUUUUGAAUGACAAAUUUGCACCUCUCAUGGAUGCAAUUCUGUAUGCCAAGAACAACAAGAUUCAACUAUCCAAAUUCUUCGAUCCUGCUUUCAUAUUCAGUGCGACCUGGGAACACAUGCCCAUGGUUCAACCAUUAUUUGAGAUUGUUGGAGAGGUAUCAAGUAAGGUGAAUGACAAUCCUAUUUUAUGUUUGCUGACAACCAUUCAAUUUAUCGCAUCGUUUUCAGCAAUAUCUCACAAAACAUGGGAAAAGAAAGUAUUGAGUGGAAUGGCUAAAAACAGCAAGAAAGAAAUGCAAGAUUACACGAAUAGCUCGUUAACUGAGUCGCACAUCAUCAAGGGCAAUGAGAAAAAGAAGAGACACUGUCCCAUGUGCCCACGUAUCGAUGAUGAAAAAUUUACAUUCCUACCAUUGGACAUGUCUUAUGACAAUCAUUGUAAGAUUUUGAAUAGUUCCAAGCAAGAAUCUCUUGAAACAAGAAAGAAUGCACUAAUUUACAUUUCCAAGUGUGAAUCUCACGUAUUUGAGAUAGUGACAGACAAGGUAUUCUUUGCUCAAUUGAAAAAACUAUUGGAAGAGGAGAAAGAGAGUGCUUUUGAAGUUUUAGGAAAUGUGUUUGCUGCUCCUCAUGUGAAAGCCGAAUUGUUAGAGCAAUGUCUUUCAUGCGUAAACGUACUAGAAAAGGAUUCUCAAUUUAUGAAAAAAGUGUUAUCAUUGGCAAAUACUAAGUCCAUUACUCCAGCAUUGUGCCGAUUCUUGGCAAAUGGAGCCUUCUCAAGUGACAAAUUUGGCUGCAUGAUGGAAGACUUUUUGCCUCCUCUCUAUGAAAAUAUUGUAUCGUCCUUCAAGUUAUCAGAGAAAAAGACUCCUCAUAUUAACGCAUUGCGAGCAACAGCAUGUUUUGCGAGUAUUCCAAAUUUAAGAAGAGGCAUGCAUUGUUUGGGAUAUGGAUCUAUUUUGUAUCAGAUCCAAGUCAAUCCACUAACGUGUAAUAUUGACAGCAUUGCUGCUGGAAUGGCAACUACUGCCAAAGAUUGGCUCACUUCUGGUGACAAGGAAAGAAUUUCCUACAAGUCAAAAUUCGAUCCUAGCUCCAAACUAACGAAAGAAGAUCGCACCUCUCUUUUCCAAUGUUCUUCAAAGUUUUCGAUCGAAGAGUUACCACCUGUUCAGGAGUCUCUCUUUGCCUCAAUCAAGAAAAACGGCUUUCUCAAGUCCUUAACUGGAAGAUUUGUAGCAACUGUUUGCGAUGGCUAUGGAAUCUUCAAAUUGUGUCGAGUAGAUCGAGUUCAACAUGAAUUUGUGGUCACUGGAAUUCUAUUCAAUGCCUACACACAAGUGGUGCGUGAUGUUUUGAGUGGAGCAUUCGACAAUGCAAGCAAUUGCGAAAAUUUCCUCAAAAGUUAUUUCAGAGGUACCACCGCUCCCCGUCCUUACAAGACUAAAUUCCCAGAUCAACCUUAUACUUCAUUGUCGUUCAUUCCUGACUCUGUGGCACUUGAUAUUUUUGGAGCUUGCAUGGCAGAGACUGUGAAAAUCAGAAAGCUGAACGAUACAGAAUCUUCAAUUUUAGAAGAUUGGAAAAAACGAUUCAAUCGACCAAACCUUGGAUCUCAAAAGAGCAAGAGCCUACAAGAUGUCUUGCAAAAUUGUCUUCUUUCAGACUUGCAAGUCUCGAGUGACAACAACCGUGACAAGACAUACAAUUUCAAAUUUUACAGAGAAAUGAUGUGUACUCCCUUCUUCCACAAUUUUUACUUUGCUGUAGGAGAUCAAAUGGAAUUUGGAUUUAUGCCGCCCUUCGAGACGGUUCAUACUGAAAUUACGAAUAUUCAUGACAUGCUUCCAACACCAAAGAAUGGUGUCAUGGAUUGGAUUGUUUGCAUGUGUCAAGUCAUUGAUCAUGUUCCUGAAGCGAAGAAAUUCCUCUCCAACAUUUUCACAUACUCGGCCAGUUACUUGAAAGUUUAUGGAGCUCAAUCGAUCGCCUCUGACAUUUACUCGAAACUUCAACAAUGGCAUCAAAACCAAUUGAAAGCAAUCGAUUUACCAUUUAUUAGAGCUUUCAUUGAAAGAACCUAUUAUUACAAUGGUCAAGAAAUGUUGCCCGAUGGAAUGGUUGUGGCUCUCUUUAAGCAACAUGGUUUGGAACAUGCCAUCAAUACCAUUUUAGAAAAUAGUCGAAGUAGAAUGCCGGCUCGUCUCGUUCCAAGAAAUGAAGUAUUUAUGGAAUUGUCAAACAUGCUUGCUAGAUGGCUCGUUCGUAGAAAAUCCAAAAACAAAAAACCACCAAAUAUUCAAACCUAUUUUUCCAAAGUGAUUCCUAAAAUUGUGGCACAUCCAGAAAUGGGACAGCUGGCUGGUACACUAAUUGUCAGCAUGUCACAAAUGAAAUUAGUCUCAAUUAUUUCGAGCAUUUGGAAUCAAAUUACUGCAAAAAGUUUAAAAAAGGGAGAGCCUACCGAUUAUUUUGAAUUGGAUAAACUUCGAAAACAACAUGUUGAGCAAGAGAAGGAACAAUAUUUAAAGACCGUCGUAGAAAGUGGCACCAAGAAGGAAGAAACUCAAGUCAACAAUGAGAAUUCGAAACAGCAGCAAGCAGAAAAGGAGGUAUCAAAAAGUAUUGCCUCUACUACUCCCCUUCCAAGUACACUUUCUACCGUUCCACCUCAACCACCACAACAGAAACCUUCAUCCAAUGUGAAAGUGUGUGCAGCGUGUGGAAAACCUAAUGCCACCAAGAGAUGUGGAGGAUGUCAUGGUGUUGUAUAUUGCUCAAAGGAAUGUCAAGUUGCUCAUUGGAAGACUCAUAAGGUUGAUUGUAAGAAAGCAAGCUCAAAAUAA